AUGUCGACAGUGACCGCAACGGCACUACAGAGCUCAGCUCCCCGCCCACAAUCCGACUAUACCCACUUUCAAACUACACAUUCGGAAACCAAGGAAACGCAGCCCGAAGAAGACCCAUCUGUGCUGGCGCGGCUAAAGCGGUUGGAGGAGCACUAUGAGCAGUAUGGCAUGCGCCGCACGUGCGAGGGUGUUUUGGUAUGCCAUGAGCACAACCACCCGCAUGUGCUGAUGUUGCAGAUUGCGAAUGCUUUUUUUAAGCUGCCAGGUGAUUACCUCCACCACGAUGAUGAUGAGGUGGAAGGGUUCAAGGCCCGGCUGAACGAACGAUUGGCCCCAGUUGGUUCACAAUUUUCCGGCAAAGGGGUGAACGACGAGUGGGAAAUAGGCGACACGCUGGCGCAAUGGUGGCGGCCGAAUUUUGAGACGUUCAUGUACCCGUUUCUGCCAGGGCAUGUGACGCGGCCGAAGGAGUGCAAGAAGUUGUAUUUCAUCCAGCUUCCAAAGAAGAAGGUCCUAUCUGUGCCGAAGAACAUGAAACUACUCGCCGUGCCGCUGUUUGAGCUGUACGAUAACACAGCACGGUAUGGGCCGCAGCUGUCAGCAAUCCCACACCUUCUGUCACGGUAUAACUUUGAGUUUGUAGAUGAAAAUGACAAUGUGGUUGCGGUGACGCCGGGGGAGCAUCCGGGCGGGGAAGUACCGCAGACCAAGGUGCUACUGAGUGGGGACGAGGGUAGUAAAGGUUCAAAUAAGAAUGGGGCCGGGCAGGGAGAUACGGGGAUGGGAGGGUUGGAGGGGCAGUGA